GCAAUGGAGGAUCGCAACCGCAUCUGGACCACGGGCAACAUCAACCAUGGCUUCCUCAGCGAUAACCUGCAGCAGCAGACCCUUCCUCUUCAGAGGUUGCAGACACCGGGUAACCUCAGCCUUCUUUCGGCACCCAUUCGAGCCAAUGGCAGUGGCAAUGGAAUCGCAACUGCCAAUGGAAAUGGCCGGAAUUCUGCAACGGAGAGUGCGAAUGGGAAGCAGCUGCCCUACGAGCCCAUUUCUCAGAAUCUGGUUGGCAUACAAUCCAAGUUUCGUCGGAGUUACUACCACAAAGUGGUGCUGGGCGGACUUCUAGCCCUCGUAAUCAUUCUGCUAAUAGCAAUCAUAGUCGUAAGCCUAAGUAUUAAAAAACCCAGCUCGAUUUGCCGGAGCAAGGAGUGCAUCCGCACAGCGGCCAGCCUCAUCUAUGCGAUGGACGAGCAGACUGAUCCCUGCGAGGACUUUUACCAAUUCACCUGCGGCAGGUGGGCCAACGAGCAUCCGCGUCCGGAUUCGGUGACCUCGAACGAUUGGUUCCGGGAACGUCAGGCGCACAUAAUGCGCUUGGUAAGGGAAUUCCUGCGCUCGAACAUCACCAAGUCGGAGCCGGAGGCUGUGGGCAAGGCGAAGACGAUGUAUAGGGCCUGCAUGGAUACAAAGCUGCUGGACACACGAGAUCUGGAGCCACUGGUGGCCUAUAUAGUGCGAUUUGGUCUGCCUAUACUGCCGUCGUCCUUAAAUCUCACCCUGGGAAGUGGUUCUAAAUUUGCAUCGAAGACUGACAAUGCCAGCUACAAUUGGCUGCAGUCCAUCGUGGCCAUCAAACAACACCUGAGCAUGGACCUGAUCAUUGGCUUCGAUGUUUUUCCGGAUCCCUUCAACCGCACCAUCAAUCGCAUUGCUCUGGGAACUCCGGAGACUGACUCCGCAUUUCCAUUCAACAAUGAUGACUCCCACAAGUUACUCCGCAAGAUACAUCGGAAAACCAUUUUUAUGCAAAACAGCGAUGAUGAGGACGACAGCGAGGAGGAACGGGAAAGCGAAGAGGAGGAGGAAGCCAAGCAAACCAGCGCGGGAAUGGCGGCCUACCUUCACUACGUCCGGAAAGUGAUCGAGAAGUACUUGCUCUAUGUGGAUCCGAAUGUCAACCAGGAGGAGGCCAGCCUGGGCAUCACCGAGUUGGUCAAACAGGGCGUUAAGGUGGCUAGGAAGGUGCAUGAGUUAAAAGAGGAGGCCGAGAACAUGACGAAGCCCUCAAAGAACCCGGCGGAUGAUAUUAUCUACAUAUCCCUGAUGGAUCUGCAGAAUCAAACGGACAAAAACAUAGCCCCCAAGACUCUGCCCAUUUGGGUGCGCUACAUGGAGCUGAUCCUGAAAGGCACCCGUCAUGCGGGCAAUGUCCAAAUGACCAGCAAUUUGACCAUAAUAACCAGCCAGGCGGACAUCAUGUAUCUGCAGCAGGUGGUGGAGUAUCUGGAGGAGACCCCAGCCUCGCAUAUUGAGGCCUAUCUGUGGCUCAGCACCAUUGAGGAGCUGGUGCUGCACACGUCGAGUGCGAUGCGGCUGCUCCACUCGGAAUACAUGAGGGUGGCCAUCGGAACGGAGGGCAGCACCCCGCGCUCCCUGUACUGCGCCAAUGGAGUGAACAGUCUGUUCGGGAUGGCAGUGAGCUAUGUCCUGGCCGACGAGGAGUUCACCAGGGACAAGCUGCCGCGAGUGGAGCGGAUGCUGAGCGAUAUUCGGCGCUCAUUCGAUCGCCUGGUGAAGUCCACCUCCUGGAUGGAUGCGGCCACCAAGCGGAGGACCAUCCAAAAAUCAGCCGAAAUGAAGAGCUUUAUUGGCUUCCCCUCCUGGCUGCGCAAUGCCACCGUACUGAAUGCCUAUUAUGAGGGGGCCGAGGUGAAUGUCAGCACCCACCUGGAGAACCUCAUGGACUUUGUCCACUGGCAGAUGAUGGAGAAGCUGAACGAAAUGGAUAAGCCGGAGCCCAUUGGCUGGGCGACUUCGCCUUCGAAUGUGAAUGCCUUCCACACUUUUCAAUCAAAUGCAAUCACUGUGCCUAUUGCCAUUUUGCAAUACCCGUUUUACGACCUUGGUCUAGAGGCGCUCAACUAUGGUUCGAUUGGCACUAUACUGGGCCACGAACUGACGCACGGAUUUGACGACAGCGGCAGGAGAUUCGACCGCUUUGGGAACAUGGUCGAAUGGUGGUCCAACCAAACCAUCGACGAGUACAUAAACCGCACUGAGUGCUUUGUGGAGCAAUAUUCCCGGUACCACCUCGCGGACAUUGAUGAAUAUAUCGAUGGCGAACUGACGCUGGGCGAGAACAUCGCGGACAAUGGUGGAAUGCGCGAGGCCUUCUACGCGUACCGCCUUUAUGUCAAGGAAGUGGGCCGUGAGCGGGCCAAGUUGCCCGGACUGGAGCACUACUCCCACGAGCAGCUGUUCUUCAUCUCAUUUGGGAAUUUGUGGUGCGAAACGUAUACGCCGGCAGCAUCGCGGUACGCCCUCAGCGAUUCGCAUUGUCCAGGGCAGAUGCGAUUAAGAGGAGUCCUCUCGAAUUCUGAAGAAUUCGCCAGGACCUUCAAGUGCCCCACAGGAUCUGCCAUGAAUCCCAGCCAGCCCAAGUGCCGCAUUUGGUAGUGGACAUGCUCAACGAACAAUCAAUUGAAACAGGAACAGUCAAGUGAUUUUUCUACCCAUUUGUACUUAAGUUAGGCAUAGGUUUAGAUCAAUUAUACAGGUGUCUUUUGCACGGUUCUAAAUGGUGGUGCAAUAAAUGGUAAACGCUUCUCUUU